AGCUGAGCACUGCCCACCCGUGCUCACUGCUCAGUGUUGAAGAAUGACACAGUUCCAACGCGGGAUGGAUGUCUCUCGAUUUGUUCUGGUAGGGAGGCACGAGGUAGCAGUUCACGGCAACCUGAAGCACCAAACCUGUAGAUCAUCUCAGACCCACGGAACGCAACAUCAGCCCAGUGACACAUCGCUAAAGGGUACCAAGCAGCCAUCGCGCAGGUUUAAUUCAACUCGGUGGACCGAUCCAGGAAAGGCCCUGUUUCGUGGUGCUCGUAUCUUCAUCUCUGGUCACAUCUGGUCACUUCCCAGCUCGACUAUCACUAUCAACCAGGGACGGUUGCAGGAAAGUCUGUUGAGCAGUCGUACUGAAGCUUUCGAGCUAGCCAAGGGUUCGAUUCCUCCAACGUUCGACAAUGGAAUGUUGACAAUUUCUUCAACUCUCGAACCAUUGAUGCCGGUUCCACUUAUAUCUCACAACGAGUUGACAACUCAAGCGACAAGAGAGCUUCCUUCAGCAUUCACACUUACACAUAUUGCCCUCCGCAUAAUCGACGUCAAACCACCGACUGAAGAAUUGACAGCAACUGCCAAUCCACCCCUUGGGCAUCCCAAGUACCGACUUGGCCCCAUCCUCUUGUCGUCCCAAAACCAUCCCCUCGAUGUCGAUCUCGUACAAAGUGUAUCACGCCUGCCCUCCCCUGUCCCAGACACCACGGCAAAAAUGCAACUUGGCAUCCCGAGUCCGACAACUGCGACAGAAGAUCUUAAAACCCGCCCAACUCUGGACAUCCUCUUUAAACGCCAUUCUUCUUCCCAAACCCCUAGUUUAACCUCGCUCGGCCAUCCUCCCUCUUCAUUGCAACGCUCCAUGUCACCUCGACCGUCAACGUCCCUCGCUUAUUUCGAUCCACGCCCCGCCGCCGCGUUCGUCUAG